AUGAAUCUCCUGAUGCUGACCUUCAUGCUAUGUGGGUUACUAACCCUGGUGACCAAAGCUGCCUGGUUUGUUGAAAGAUGCUGGAAGGAUGAUAUAGGAUACUGCAGAAAACGAUGUUUACUUCAUGAAAGGUACAAAUUACUUUGUAUGAACAAGCAAUCAUGCUGCAUUCCCCUAAGAAGUUAUGAUCCGUACACUCAAUGGCCAAUCCAUCCUACCUUCCUCAGAGAUCUAAAUGCUGAAUAUAUUACUCGUGAUGAUUUUGCUUUUUCCUCCGAACCUGGGUUUACUGAUGAGGUAACAGUUAAAGCAACUAUGACUCAAGAAAGCAGAGUAACUGGGGCCAUUGCUUCCCAGAGAGAUUCUUCCUAG